GAGAAGGGGGGGGAAAGGAGAAGUAUCUACUCUGAGCAGAGAGUCACAAAUUGACCGGGUGGCACCGUCCCCAUAGGGAGCAGCGAGCUUCCCACCGUGGACGAGGAGCUCCGGACAGGUGUGGGGCACCCGGUGACGAUGCCACGCUCCUUCCUGGUGAAGAGUAAGAAGGCUCACACCUACCACCAGCCUCGUGCCCAGGAGGAUGGGCUCCUCUGGCCUCCCGCCCUUGGUCCUGUGGCCAGGGACCAGGUCCUGAGCACCAACCCUGUCCUCAGCACCCUGUUCCCAAACCAGUGCCUGGACUGGACUGACCUCAAACGGGAGCCGGAGCUGGAGCUGGACCAGAGCUUGAUGACCAGGAUGGCCUCCGCCCCAGAGGGGCCUGCUGUGACGUCCCGACCCCAGGAUGAGGGCUCGUCAUCCUCCGACUCACCCCCAUUCUACAAGCCCAGAUUCUCCUGGGAUGCCCUGGCUUCAUCCUACGGGCACAGCUACCAGCAGGCCCCCUCCACCAUGCAGUCUGCCUUCCUGGAGCGCUCCGUCAGCCUGUAUGGCAGCCCUCUGGUGCCCAGCACUGAGCCGCCCUUGGACUUUAGCCUCCACUACUCCCCGGGCUUGGACGCAUACCACUGCAUCAAGUGCAGCAAGGUGUUCUCCACCCCACAUGGGCUCGAGGUGCACGUCCGCCGCUCCCACAGUGGGACCCGGCCCUUCGCCUGCAACGUCUGCGGCAAAACCUUCGGCCAUGCAGUGAGCCUGGAGCAGCACACGCACGUCCACUCCCAGGGGCGCAGCUUCGAGUGCCGGAUGUGCGGCAAGGCCUUCAAGCGCUCGUCCACCCUGUCCACCCACCUGCUCAUCCACUCGGACACGCGGCCCUACCCCUGCCAGUUCUGCGGCAAACGCUUCCACCAGAAGUCGGACAUGAAGAAGCACACCUACAUCCACACCGGUGAGAAGCCACACAAGUGCCAGGUGUGUGGGAAGGCUUUCAGCCAGAGCUCCAACCUCAUCACUCACAGCCGGAAGCACACAGGCUUCAAGCCCUUCAGCUGUGAGCUGUGCACCAAAGGCUUCCAGCGUAAAGUGGACCUGCGGCGGCACCGCGAGAGCCAGCACAACCUCAAGUGAGGCUAUCCCCGCUCCCAGCUCCUGACCGGCCUGCCCCAAGAUCGUGUCACCUGGAGGGAGGCCAGCCUCACACACCCAGAUCCCCAGUCUCCUGGAGGCAGCACUGGACCAGACUCGUCAAGCUUGUUUUGAGAUUCACGAAAUUGCUGUGUGACCUCGGGCAAGUCACUUUCCCUCUCUGGACCAACAAUUCUCCUGCUGCAAAGUGUGGCAGCUGGAUCUUUUCUGAGCUGAUGUCGUCUACAGGUCUAAGGGCUCGGUGCCUUCCCCCCGGGGCAGAGCCCAGGAGGCCAGAGUAGCCCCAGGUGCACUGCGAUGCCAAGAACAGACCAGAGCUGGGACCCACAGAGAAAUCCUCCCCCUGCCUGCUGCUCACGGGGAUCUGGUCAGCUCGGUUUUCAGCAGGCCCCUUUCUGGCUGCCGUGGGUGGUCAGAGCUGUCUCCUGCCCCAGUCGGAGACCUAGAACCCCUCUGCUUCAGCCAGCGUGCUGGCUGUUCCCCACUCCUGACGGGCGCUCAGGCCACGGGGGUUCUAGUUCUGCGGUCAGACCACGGGGAAA